AUGGACUUCAUAGUAGAAGAUAUGCGUGUUGACUUGGCAUUUGGUACCAAUGGCUGGGGCAGAUGGGCUGCUUUCAAGGACAGGAUCGCCCAACAGUCACCCAUCCAAGCAGCACCCACCCUCUACGUUGCAGCCUGCUUCCCUGCGUCUUAUGUUGGAUACACCGAAAAUUACUUCGCCUCCAGCGGUCACUCCGUGUCUGACGCUAACGGCUAUCGCGUGAGCCUGUCGCAGACUGAGGUGUCUGGGGAGUGCGUGGCCACUGUCACUAUCCUGGGUCAUGGGAUCCGCAAGGUGGCAGAGUACCGCUGCCAAGACCGCCCUCAGGCCAUCAUAAAUCUCAACAAGACGCUGCUGGUGGGAGACGAGUACUUCACUGACGCUCCAGGAAUCCUUGUGCGCUUACACGGUGGUUCCUGUACACAGGAGGUAUUCUCGAAGGACUCCAGCACCGUAGCGCCACUCAGCCUCCAGGAGUGCGAGAAGGUCAAACUCAAGAUUACUAUUCUUAAGGAGCAGCAAGAGAAAUGGAACGAAUGGUACAAGGCUCAGCAGUCGAUCGCUCAGCAGCAAUUCUUCAGCCUGCAGAGUUCUCUGGCAGCCUUGCAGAAUCAACUCUUCAACGGACUCCUCGGAGGAUUCAACUUUGGAGGAUUCCAUUUGGGAUAGGAACUGGUAACCUGUGAGGAAUGAGGCAUUAUUUUCUAGCCGUGAUUCUAUGUAAUCUAAAUAAACGAUCUUUAUUUUCACCUAUUUUACCUUUAUGAUAAAACAAGUUUGUUCAGAUAUAAAGGUUUAUUGAAAUUACUACGCAGUUACGUAGAUUGCAACACUUUCCAAUAACCAUCACAUAACUCAGAGAUUCUAGUGUUAUUACGAAUGGAUUGUCUAUGAGAUGCCUUGCACAGAGAACAGCGUGUGUGGUUACGGUCACCUUUCUCAUAGCAGGGUUAGUAGCUGGUAUUCCAUCAGACCAUCACUUUGGC